AUGAUAUUUCAUUCUAUUCUCGCUGCUUCUGCGUUUAUUUUCGCCUUUACCCAAAUCACUGAAGCACAAUUCGGUGGAUUUGGUGGAUUUAGAGGAUUUGGUGGAGGUGAAUUCCCUGUAGAAAUGAUUGUACUUGGAGAAUGUGGUGGAUGUGAAGGAUCUGGACCACCUACUGGAUUUGGAGGACGUCCUAGAUUUGGAGGAUUCGAUCCAUACAAUCCAUACGGACAAUACGGUGGCUUUGCACAGCGUGGAAGACGCAGACCAUGGAGGAGCCAGCGCUACGGCUGGGGUCCGCCGCCUGGUUUGAAUUUCUUUCCCAACGAUGGAGUGCCAUUUGGAUAA